ACACACACACACAUGCCAGGUACACAUUUACAUUCCACUUCUUCACAUAUUGACUCUUUGAACACUCUGCUUAAAGCCCAUAUUACUCUAAAACUGUCCAUACGUCACUGAUAUGAAAAACAAGAAAGUUAAUUUUCUGUGCUCAACUGCUGCUGUUCACAUAAUGUCUUCAGUAUUCUCUCUCCACUGUAACAGGAGAGAAAAUAUAUAUAACACCAUAAACAUGUACAACCUGCCGUAAAGGUGAAAGAGGGAUUGGUUGUAACUAAGCUAACUCCAAAAAAUGUGCAUGGGAAUAAUCACUCUCUUGCAGCCGGAACGCAUGUUUUGUCAACAUUCUUUCAAAGUGCCCAUGUGUCGCUUGUAAAAUGUUUGCUUUAGUAUCGAUCAUCUGGAGACAAAACAAAGCCCCAGCCGCAAGCAAGAGGAACUACAACAAACAACUUCACCAGGAUUUGCACGGGCUCCAGGUUCUGUGUAGCUCAACAGAAAAAGAGAUUCCCUAUGAGCGAGGAAAGAACUUGGACUUAAAGCAGCACAACAGCUUACUGCAGGGAGAAAGCCUUAAGAUCAAAACUGAACUAAAGCACGCCCAGCAGAAGUUAUUGGACAGCGCAAAAAUGUGCUCUUCACUCACAGCUGAGUGGAAGCACUGUCAGCAGACAAUCAAAGAAAUGGAGCUGGAAGUCCUUACACAGGCUCAGAGCGGUAAAUCACUGAGCAGCCUCAAGGAAGAGCUGGCUCGGGAGAAAUCUAACAUUGCUGCAGCAGAGGAAAAGGUGAUUAUUCAAUAAACAGCACAUCUGGGAUACUGUGACCGAAAUACCAUUUCCCUAAGGAUUUUAAGAAAUAGGUACAGUGCAAACUUGAUAGCAUUCCAGGGGUUUAGUUUUUGUUUUUUUACCCUCCCACACUUUCCUCUCUUUUGACGCCACCUGCUCCAAGAGCUCCAGUAAAUCUGGUGUGUUUUUUAAGACUACAUUAACUCAAAAAGGUAAGUUUCAUUAAAGCUAUAGUAUAAACUUAAAGAGCUCACUGAGGCCAAAUGAGUUUCAAAUUGUAAAGGGCUUAUUCUCUCAUUUGGAUUGACUUAUUUUUAUUUCAUAACUUUUGGAGGGAUGGAUGUUGUGAAAUGAACCAUUUGAAAUAUAGUUCCUGAAUGCGUUUUGGGGCCACACCUGUGGCAUGUGGAAGUUCCUGGGCCAGGGAUCGAGCCUGUACCACAGCAGUGACAAGGCAGUAUCCUUAACCAGCUGAGCAACCGGGGAACUCCCUGCCCCUGCAUUUUAGGCUGCCUAACACCAGGUGGCAGUAGUAUGUAACACUUGCACAUUUUGAUCUGCGGGUUUGCCUGAGAGUCAAAUAUUACAUAAAAAUUAUUUCAUCGCAUUAUGUAAAGAUAAAACAAACAUUAAAAUUAGAUGAUAGCAAUCUGGCUUAAGUGCAAAAACCUGAUUUUGAGCUAAAGAAGCCAGCACAAAAAAAAAAACAUGAAAAGAUGCUCAAUAUCCCUAAUUAUUAGAGAAAU